UCAGAAAAAAACGUAUUUGGCUGAAGGCGACAAUGCAGCGCAGAAUGAAGCAAACUCCUCGCAGCUGUCACCACGCAGCAAAAGGGACUACAAGGUUGGUGACAUUUCUAGUCGCAACUGCCAUUUGUCUUCUGGUGGCCUUAUCAUCUGCUGUCAAAGUCGUCUUUCUGAUGGGGAAAUCAAGCAGACGUUGCCCUGAAAAAUGGAUGCAGUUUAGAGAGAGCUGUUUCUAUCUUUCAACCAACAGGAGCACCUGGGAGGCCAGCAAGGACAAGUGUGUGUCACAGGGGGGUCAUCUUGCAAUGCUACAAGACGCAGAGGAGAUGGAUUUCCUUAUUCCUCACUGCAGGAUAUACUCUGCCUUUUGGAUUGGUUUGAACAGGAAAAAUGGAGAGCAGUGGAAAUGGAUCAAUGGACAGCCCUUCAAUCAUACAGACUGGGUUUCCAAUAACACCGAGGGGAACUGUGUCUGUGUGGCCAAAGACUCUCUGGAGAAGCACCAGUGUAACCAAGAGCUCUACUGGGUCUGUAAGACGUGUGUCAGGCUUUCCUGAUGAUGCCCUCUCUCCUUUCAUCACUCCCUGGCUCGGGCAAGUGAGACAUCAUCUGAAGAAUGAGAUCCUCCUAGAAAGCUGGACAGUCAUGUUGGGAUGUGUUCCCAGCCGGAUGUGUGCCACAGCACUCUACCUCAGGACAACAUUGUACAUAUGUAUUAAUGGGCUUAUCUAUGCAUUUACAUCUAACAUAAGUUUGGAAUGUGAAAACAAACAUGAGUACAUAGUGGAAAUCUCCAUCAAUUUGCAAAUUCUGCAUAAGCAGAAGUGACAGGGUUAGGAAUCGAGUAGAAACCCCUGGAGACGUGAGACGGCAUUGCCAGUCACUGCUCUGAUACCCCCAACUGUGUAACAUGCCAAAUGUUUGCUACUAUGAGAAGAGGUAAGAUGGCACCGUUUCACAAAUCCAUAUCUCAAUAAAAACGUACUAAACAAAACACCAUUUUCACACACUGUCUAGGCCAGAUUUUGUCUGAUGUCUAAACAGAAGUCAUCUGUGACAAAUAAGGCGUCACAGUUUGCAGUUAUUAGUGUUGUCUCACAGCUCCAUGAGACAGAAUUUCAAUCCUGCCACAUCCUGCCUGUUUGCAUGUUUUACUUGUAUGUGCAUGAGUUCCACUUUGGGUACUUUUUAAUUUCUUCCUAACCAUUUGCAUGUUAAAUGGCAACUUUAAAGUGCCAGUGUGCCCUGCAUAGGCCUGGCACACUGUCCAGGGUUGGUUUCUGCCUUGUGUCUCAUGCUGCCUGGAUAAGUACCCGAGCCUUCAAGCCUAACGUUGUAUUGUAGGCUUAGUAAAUGGAUGGAUGGCCAGAUUUCACCUGCAACAUCUGCCAGAAAACACAUGCUGGGCCUUCCAUAAUGUUUGGGACAAAGACAUUCUUUUCCUUGAUUUGUCCUUCUGCUCUGCAGUAUAAAAUUACAAAUCAAACACCAGACUUCUGUUUAAAGUGCACAUUUCAGACUUUCUUGUAAGGGAAUUUUCAUAUACUUUUUCUACCUGCCCCCCGAUUUCAGGGCACCAUAAUGUUUGGGACAAUUGGUGUCACAGGUAUUUGUGAUUCCCCAGGUGGGUUUCAUUGCGUCACAUGUCACCUCAGCCUACUUCUCAUCUUUAGAGUCUGUAGUUGCCAUUGUUCAACAUGAGGACAAGAGCUGAGUCAAUGAAAGUCAAAGAAGCCAUCAUGAGGCUGAAAAACAAGAAUCAAACCAUUUGAGACAUCAUGGAAACCAAAAUCAACAGCCAGGAAUAUGAAGAAGAAAAACACACCGGUGUUGUGUAAUCACAAAGAGGCUGGUAGGCCAUGGAAGACCUGCACUGCAGAGGACAGAAGAAUCCUCACUAUGGUCAAGAAAAAGCAAUAAACGCCUGUCUGACAGUUCAGAAACAGUCUUUAAGGGGCCGAUGUGUGUGUCAGAGAUGACCAUCAGCAGAAGACUUCAUGAACAGAAAUGCAGAGGACCCCUAGUUAGCCACAAACACAGAAUGGCCAGUUUACAGGACUGCAAAGAGCCUGCAGAAUUCUGGGAAAAGGUCUUAUAGACAGAUGACAAAGACAGACCUGAUCAGAGUGAUGGCAAGAGCAAAGCACGAAGACAAAAAGGAACUGCCUGAGAUCCACAGCAUACCACCUCAUUUAUUAAACUUGGUUAUGACUGCCACAGGUCCUGGCACACUUGUCCUAACUGAUGAUAGAACUAGUGAUGGCAGCCGCACAAUGACUUCUGAGGUGUGUAGAAACAUCCAAUGUGCUCAGGUUUCGGUAGAUGCCUCCAAAUGCAAUGGAUGGUGUUUUAUCCUACCACAAGACGAUGAUCCAAACACACUGCUGAGGUAACAAAGGAGCUUUUCAAAGCUAAAAAAUGGAAAAUUCUGGAAUGACCAAACCAUUUACCUGAUUUAAAUUCAACUCAGCAGGCCUUCCAUAUGCUGAAGAGAAAACUUAAGGGGAGAACCCCCUGAAACAAGCAGGUGCUGAAGAUGGCUACAUUGGAGGCUUGGCAGAGAUUCACCAGAGAAGACCCUCAGCACACCUGGUGACAUGCAGGCUUCAAGUAGCCAUUGCAUGCUGGGAUAUGUGACAAAAUCCUAAAUAUGACAAUAGCUCUAAUAGACCUGCCAAUGCUGUGUCCCAAACAUUAUGGUGCCCUGAAAUGGGGAGCCUGUGAAGAAAAAAGUGUUGGUGACUGAAAUGCAUACAAACCCCCUUCAUGAAAGUCUACAGUGUGCACUUUAGUCGCCAUGUCUGAAUUGUUUGAUGUUUACUUUUAAACUGUGGAGCAAAGGGGGAAAUCAAGAAAAAAAAAAAAAUUAAGCAUUUGUCGUACCAGGUCUUGCGGUUUAUUUACAGUCACUUUAGGCGGUUAACUUUGCGUCUUUACAGUUUUACAUAAAGGCUUAGUUUUGAUUUCUUGGUUAAGCAGAGAGAUGUGUACAUUUAGAAUUUGUGAGUUGUUCCCACUCAAUCCAUAUUAAAGCACUUAAAUGUAUAACCCAACAUAAACUGCACAUUCACAAAAAAGAGAGUGAUCCAGUUUUAGUGUAAAUGAAGGGACAUAAAAGCAAAGGUGCUCCAAAUUUUAUUUAUUUCAAAAAUAAAGUGAAACACCUAUCAGCUUUUCAGUACAGGCCUUGCACUUAAGAUGUUUUCUACUUAAAUUGAACAACUUUUAAUAGAGAAGUAUAAUCAAACUCCACAUUGUAUUUUUAAAUCAACUCGAAAAUAAAGCAAAGCUAUAAACUGAUUUCCUUAUUGCUCGAUCCAUGAAUAAAUCAUUCUUAUUGCAAAUUUCACAAAUCACAGCAUCUGAAGGCACUUUAUGAAACAGAUGGAGUACAAUUGAAAUCAAAAUCAUUACAUUUGAUAUGAUAAAUACUUCAUUACAAGAAUAUCAACUUUGUAUAGAAAAAGAUCACUCGGUGUAGAGUAAAACUUCUAGUGAACACCCAAGAGGAGCACCGAGCAGCAAACACUUGAGAUUUAGGUGUGUGUGGUUCAGGUGCAGAGUAACACACACGGCUCAACGAGGACUCGGCACAUCCCUACUCCUACCCGACGUUCCAAGAUUGUCCUUGAAGUGAUUCAAAUAAGUUGCAAAAAUGUUCUAUCAGUACUUGCAGGGUAUGUGCUUAAAGGCAUAAAGAGAAAGCCAGCAUGGACUGAGUGGACAAAGAAAAAAGAUGCCAAGCUGUGUUAUUUAUUCUCUUUACCUUUUUACAGUCCCACACAGCUUUUCGGUUAACACUUUAGUUUAGGUCCUGCAAAAAUGCAUCAUUUACUCUUGCGUAACACGACCUUACCAAAGGCUUAUUUUAGUCUUUAAAACACUUCUGAAACAUCCGUAAAUCUGGUAUUCAUUCAUCUCUGUGCUCUGUGGCGUAUUGACAUGUUGGUAAAAUAACUUGUUAAUAUGAAGGAUUCUAGGAUCUUAAACUAAAUAUGUAACAUCAAGAGAAAUGCGCCACAGUUCAGCCACCUCAGACCACUGCAGAGUGACGUUUUGUUAGUAGGUGACAUCACGGAGAUGAAUGAACACUUUACUGAUGCUUUGUAAAUGUUCUGAAGACCCAAACAAGGGUUUAAGGGUUCUUGAUGUAGAAUAGUAAAUUAGUAAUACGUGCAUUUUUGUGGUAUCUAAACUAAAGCGUUACCAGCUUCUCUUCUUAAAACUUGCAUAUCAUGAAGGACUGCAAAAGAAAGCCUUCUUAAUUAACAUGAUUUUUUGGUAAAAUCGAAGAGCAAAUAUCUGCAGACCACCAGAUACACAGAUUAUUAAGUGAGAACCCCCUUGUUUUAAGUCGCACAAAAUGCAGUGCUUCAUUUCACCUAAAUUAACAAAGUUUACAUAGAUAAUGUUCAAAUGUAUGCAGUAAAAUAAUGUUAAAACAUCCAACAGUCAAAGAAUUUGUGCAUAAAGGCAUACGGUACUGCAUAGGGAUCUUUUGUGGGGGAGAUUCUAGAAGGUGUACACGACAAAGGUUUAGACCCGCCAUUUCAACUGUUACCCUCGGUUCAUUAGGGCCUUGUUUAGAGGUCUGGAAGCCUUAAAGUGCUUCAUAUCGUUAUUUGUUUUAAACAGUCGUUAUAACGCCUUUGGUUAAUCCCAGCACCCUGAUUAUAAAAAUAUAUCAAGACAUGUGUAAAAAAACAGUUCCAUUCAAAUCUGACAGAUUAUUAGGUUUUUGCAUGUCAUUGUAAUAAGGCACAUUAAUCGUGGUAAACAAUUCCAACACUCACUUUUCCUUGGAUGGCAAGUGUCCAAAUAACUUCACGAAAAUCUACAACUACCUUGAAUGGUUCAAACUUUGCAUUCAUCCGCUUGUUACCAGUCCCUGACCUGUUCAUUGUGGGACUGUUCACACACAAACACACUCCAGUCCAAAAUAAAAAAAGGAUUUACCAUAGAAUAUGGCAGACAGUAACUAGGAUAGAAUUCUAGCCCAAUGACAUCAACUGAGCAAUGUCCAGAAGCAAAUAACACAAAACGCCAGGUUAUAUUGUAAAAACGGUUGACUAUAAAUCAAGUGAUGUUAUGCUCAGACUAUAUGAUGCACUGCAGAAACCACAUCUGGAGUGUCGUGUGUGGUUCUGGUUACCACGCCACAAGAAAGACAGAAAAGCACUUAUAGCUGUGCAUAGGAGAUCAGCCAAGUGCAUCAUGGGACUUGAGGAAGUGUCCUACUCUGACAGAUGCAGAAUUAAACUUGUUUAGUCUUGAGCAGAGGAGACUGCACAGGGACCUAAUCCAGGUGUUGAAAAAUCCUCAAUGGCAUUGAUCAAGUAGAUUUAGUAGAGUCCACAGUCCAAAGACAUGCGGGUUAUGUGGAUUGGUGGUUCUAA